AUGGUUUGCACUCGAUUGAUUAUAGAAGAUCGAAGGAUAAAGAAGCCUUAUUUAGGCGGAUGGCGGCACAAAAUCACAAGAUCGGAGUAUUUAAAUGCCGAGUCACAGACAGGUCCGCGAAAAAUGCCAUCAAAGACCAAAUGCAGCAAAAUGACACAAUACAUCGCGGUGACGGACGUAGAGACCCAAACACCGUGCCAUCAUCCGACCCAAAUGUGGCGGCCAGACUGCUUCAUAUCGAGCGAAUUGGACAAGUACAUGACGUCGAAACCUUACGAGACGUACGAAGAGAUGAUGCAACGAUUGAAUCACGACGGAAACGCUCGAAUUAUCCAGCGAAACUGGCGGAUAUAUUUGUUGUUGAAGAAUAUAAAAGAAUAUGCGAGACAGUACCGAGAAUUGGUGGAGAAUUGUAGAUUGUACGAGGAAGAAAAGGUGAUGAUGUAUAAAACAAGGCACCGACAAGAAAUACUUCGAAGAACCAACCCCAAGACCCGUCUGGACUUCGACAUGCUGUACGAUCUGGUGGAACAAUGGCGACAGGAUCGUAUCGAUUGUGUGAACCAGCGUUUCUUCAAGGCAGCGAGAUGUGCCGAGGGUUACCUGAUCCUCGAAAAAACGGUGAAUAUGAUGAACGUGAUCGACACGAAGAGGAUAUCGAUGAGGGCGCGCUACAGGAACCGGAAGCGCGUCAAGUUCCUGACAGUGAACUGCAAGCCUGUGCGUUGGAUAGGUUACAAGGAGAAACAGACGGAAAUGAUCACCAUGAGGAACCAGAAGGCUCGCGAGCUGAAGAUGAUCUACGAUUCCUUGACGAAUUACGAAGUGACCCGUGGCGAACGAAUGGAGAUUUUAACAAUUUUGAGGAAAUCACUGGAGUUGCACAACUGCGUUCCCGCGUUCCAUUUGUUUCGACUCGUGGAACAAGAGUUGGACUAUCUGGCGAGGGAACUGUCAAAGGAUAUACCUAUGGAUUACUUCAGAGAGAGAAUAGUCUUCGGUUACCUCCACUUCGUACGGUCAUCCCAUUCUUGCUGUUGCGUGAACGACGACAGGGAAUUUUGUAAAAAUGUGGACGACGAGAAGCUCCGUGAACCCAUCGAGACCAGAACACGAAUGUGCAAGAGUUGCUCGAAGUUACUUCCGUAUCAGAACUUCACGGUUCACGGAAGAAUGACGAGGCUUUCCACUUGUAUCGCCUGCACCUGGUUGCGUGAGCGGAACAUCGCGCACGUGAAUUACAAUCCUUACGUGUUCCUGUUGAACUGCGUGCGCACGGACGAGAGGACGAAAGAAUCCCCGUCCGCGAUCGCGUUCAUGAUGCAAAAACACGACAUGUACCACUUGGUGAACAAUAUUUGGCACGGGCGUUCGGUGAUCAGCGAGAAUGGGGAUUUGUUUCUCUUGAAGGUGGUUCGAUACGACGUGGAUAAGGAGUGGUCGCCGUGGAAUUGUAUUGUGUUGACGUCCGAGGAGGCUGAGAUCCAUUGCACGAUCAGGGAUCUCGCGACUAUUUAUUCCAAGCCUCUGAUCGAGAAAAUCUUGUUGUCCCAUCAACUGGCGAAGAAUCAAUUUAAACACUUGAUGAACUUCGAGUCCCAGUUUCGUGAAACAUUUCACAAGAUCGAAGACAAACCGUCGUAUAAAUCGACGAUCAAGGUGGACGAUUACAAUUUCUUCUGA